GCAGCGGUGGGCUGAGCUAAAAUGGCUGAGGAGAGAGUCGCGACGGUGAGCGCCGAGGUUCUCUUUUGUUGCCCGGCCGCAGGGCAAGGCAAGCUGGCGGGUGGCUUUUGUCCCACGCAGCGGUUCCUGGAGAGAGGCGGAGCUGGGUGCCGAGCGGCUCAGGGUGGGCGGGGCGACACGGUCCCCUUUUUACUGUCCCGGGAACUGGUCGCCUGGGGCAAGUCUGGAUACUUAGCAGCAUAGGUCCUGUUCUAGGACUGUAGUCCCUCUUGGGGUGCGCUGGACGGAGAAGGGAGACUUUUCACCAGUAAUGGCUCUUACCGUAGUGCCAUCUUUUUCUGUCUCGGGGGUUUGGAAGAGAACUCAAUUUCCUGUAUCUACUGAGUCUCAAAAACCCCGGCAGAAAAAAGCUCCAGAGUUUCCUAUUUUGGAGAAGCAGAACUGGUUGAUUCAUCUUCAUUAUAUCCGGAAAGAUUAUGAAGCCUGCAAGGCUGUUAUCAAAGAACAGCUUCAGGAGACUCAGGGAUUGUGUGAAUAUGCUAUCUAUGUCCAAGCAUUGAUAUUUCGCCUAGAAGGAAAUAUCCAAGAAUCCCUAGAACUCUUCCAGACAUGUGCAGUUCUUAGUCCUCAGAGUGCUGAUAACCUCAAGCAGGUGGCCAGAUCUUUAUUUCUUUUGGGAAAACAUAAAGCUGCCAUUGAAGUAUAUAAUGAAGCAGCUAAACUCAACCAGAAAGAUUGGGAGAUCAGCCAUAACCUAGGAGUUUGCUACAUAUACCUGAAGCAGUUCAACAAGGCACAAGACCAGUUGCACAAUGCCCUGAAUCUUAAUAGGCACGAUCUGACUUAUAUAAUGCUGGGGAAGAUCCACUUGCUGGAGGGAGACUUGGACAAGGCCAUUGAAGUCUACAAGAAAGCAGUGGAGUUCUCACCAGAAAAUACAGAGCUUCUUACAACUUUAGGAUUACUCUACUUACAGCUCGGCAUUUACCAGAAGGCAUUUGAACAUCUUGGCAAUGCACUGACUUAUGACCCUACCAACUACAAGGCCAUCUUGGCAGCAGGCAGCAUGAUGCAGACCCACGGGGACUUUGAUGUUGCCCUCACCAAAUACAGAGUUGUGGCUUGUGCUGUUCCAGAAAGUCCUCCACUCUGGAAUAACAUUGGAAUGUGUUUCUUUGGCAAGAAGAAAUAUGUGGCGGCCAUCAGCUGCCUGAAACGAGCCAACUACUUGGCACCCUUCGAUUGGAAGAUUCUGUAUAAUUUGGGCCUUGUCCAUUUGACCAUGCAGCAGUAUGCAUCAGCUUUUCAUUUUCUCAGUGCGGCCAUCAACUUCCAGCCAAAGAUGGGGGAGCUCUACAUGCUCUUGGCAGUGGCUCUGACUAAUCUGGAAGAUAUAGAGAAUGCCAAGAGAGCCUACGCAGAAGCAGUCCACCUGGAUAAGUGUAACCCUUUAGUAAACCUGAAUUAUGCUGUGCUGCUGUACAACCAGGGCGAGAAGAAGAACGCCCUGGCCCAAUAUCAGGAGAUGGAGAAGAAAGUCAGCCUACUCAAGGACAAUAGCUCUCUGGAAUUUGACUCUGAGAUGGUGGAGAUGGCUCAGAAGUUGGGAGCUGCUCUCCAGGUUGGGGAGGCACUGGUCUGGACCAAACCAGUUAAAGAUCCCAAAUCAAAGCACCAGACCACUUCAACCAGCAAACCUGCCAGUUUCCAGCAGCCUCUGGGCUCUAAUCAAGCUCUAGGACAGGCAAUGUCUUCAGCAGCUGCAUACAGAACGCUCCCCUCAGGUGCUGGAGGAACAUCCCAGUUCACAAAGCCCCCAUCUCUUCCUCUGGAGCCAGAGCCUGCGGUGGAAUCAAGUCCAACUGAAACAUCAGAACAAAUGAGAGAGAAAUAAGAAUAGAAUGAAUGACCCCAAAAUAGGGUUUUCUUGGGCGAGGAUGUGCUGGAUUAGGAAAGGUGACGUGACAUAGGCAGAGUGGCACCCACCACAGAAUACAGUGUGUGUUAUGAUUACGAGGAGCCAGCAGUUGAGCCUAAGGUCCUUCUACCUACCUGGUAUUGGCAUUUGAGGUCGGAAACCCUCUACUGCCCCAUAAGCCAGGAAAAGUGAAAAGAGAACACAGUUCCUUUAAGAACUGGCAGCAAGGCUUGAGGCUUUAUGUAUGUAGCUGAGUCAGCAAGGUACAUGAUGCUGUCUGCUUUCAAAAGGACUUUUCUCUCCUAGCUGACUGACUCUUUCCUUAGUUCAAGGAACAGCUGAGACAGACCUCUGCUGAGUAGCUCUGUGAUGACAAAGCCUUGGUUUAACUGAGGUGAUCCUCAGGUUGUGAGGUUUAUUAGUCCCCAAGGCAAACACAAAUAUUAGAUUAAUAAUCCAACUUUAAUAGUAUACAUUUAAAAGAAAAAAAACAAAAGCCCUGGAAGUUGAGGCCCAGCCUGCUGAGUACUGCAGCUGCAUUUGCCCAAACAGAAUCCAGAACAAGUCCCUCCCUGUAUUUUGUUCUUGAGAGGGGUCAGUCUAGAAGCUAGAUCCUAUCAAUCAGUAUGAGGAGCAGCAGCCCAGGGCUUGUCUGGAUCAGCACCAACGAUUUUAAAGAAAAAAGGAAGAGUUUCUUAGAUGAGUAAUUGUUAUUGAAGAUAGUCAGUGAUUGAUAACCACUGACCAGAUGCUAUCAAUACACUAUGUGUCCUUUUUAGAAUAAAGAUUACAUAUCAUCAUUCCUUUGGGGAAAAUUGUUAUUCAGGUAUAAAAACAAGAGAUCAUAAUAAAAACCUAAAAGAACCUA